GCGUGUUGAACCGCCCGUCAACACCAAGAAGAAGAACAGGAACGAGGCAGAAACUUAAAGCAGCUCAAAGGGAAAAAAGGACAAGUCGACGGAGUUUGUUUAGUUUUUUUGUCUUUCUCAUGGUGGCGUUGUUUUUAAAAGUAGCUGCUAAUAGAAAAAUAAUAUAUUUAAACUCACUUUUUUUUUUAUAAUUGAAGCACUGUCUUUGUUCCUCGAAGAAAUUUGUGGUUGGACUAUUCUUUUUUUUAACUUAGGUAAACUAUGUACCUGAGCUUGAUGGAGAUGCUUUGAUGGUGACGCCAGAGCUGCACGUCGUGAGAAAGUCCUCAUACUUUCUUCGCCGAGAAGGCCGCACAGAUGUUCUCACAGGGUCAGGAAAACAUCGCCACCUCCAAGGUGUCCACCAAAGCACUGGUCAAAUAUGGAGAGCUCAUCGUUCUGGGAUGUAACGGCUCUCUGCCUGGCGGCGAAAAAGGGAGGCAGAAAAGUCGCUUCGCACUAUGUCCCAGGAAUAAGGCCAACGGCGUCAAGCCCAGCACAGUCCACACAUCCAGCACGCCACAGGCUGCCAAGGCUGUCAGCAACAAGGAGCAGCACAGUAUUUCAUACACUCUCUCACGAGUGCACACAGUGGUGGUGGAGUACACACAUGACAGCAACACCGACAUGUUCCAGAUCGGUCGUUCCACAGAGAGUCCCAUUGACUUUGUGGUGAUUGACACGGUGCCUGGAGGGCAGAUCCUCGCUGAAAACCAAACCAAUCAGAGCACCAUCUCCCGCUUCGCCUGCCGCAUCAUCUGCCAGAGAAACCCUCCCUACUCUGCUCGGAUCUACGCCGCAGGCUUCGACUCUUCCAAGAACAUCUUCCUCGGGGAGAAGGCAGCCAAGUGGAGGAUGCGGGAUGGUCAGAUGGAUGGACUGACCACCAACGGCGUGCUGGUGAUGCAUCCUCACAACGGCUUCAGUCAGGACUCCAAACCUGGUUUGUGGAGGGAAAUCUCUGUGUGCGGCAACGUCUUCUCGCUCCGGGAGACCAGAUCAUCACAGCAUAGAGAGAAGAUGGUGGAAUCUGAGUCCAACGAGCUGGUGGAUGGCUCUCUGAUUGACCUCUGCGGCGCCACGCUGCUGUGGCGCACGGCGGAGGGACUUGCCCGCACUCCCACCAUCAAACACCUGGAGGCACUACGGCAGGAACUGAACGCCGGCCGGCCUCAGUGCCCCGUGGGUUUCAACACUCUGGCGUUCCCAAGUCUCCGACACAAAGCCGUGGUGGUGGAGAAACAGCCCUGGGUGUAUCUGCGCUGCGGCCACGUGCACGGUUACCACGGCUGGGUGGGGCGCCGCAGCCCUGCAGACGAGGCGGACCAUCAGGAGUGGGAGUGUCCCAUGUGUCGGGCGAGGGGGCCCUACGUGCCGUUGUGGCUGGGCUGUGAGCCGGGUUUCUACGUGGACGCGGAACCCCCCACCCACGCCUUCGUCCCGUGCGGGCACGUCUGCUCUGAAAAGACAACGGCGUACUGGAGUCAGAUCCCGCUGCCGCACGGCACGCACGCCUGCCCGUUCUGCAUCAGCCCGCUGAACGCAGACACGCCCUGCAUCAGACUCAUCUUCCAAAGCCCACUGGACUAGAACGCUCCUGUGACUUCACAGCGUUAACCAACAAAGGGAGGGGUUUUAACUCCAGCUUUUCAAAAUAAGUGCAUUUAUCUAGUAGAUUCCUGACAGAUUUUUUUUAUUUCUAUUUAACUCCGUUAGCAGGUGGAAGUCCUUUUUGACAACAAAACUGAAAAAGUUGUCGUUGCAUUCUUCUAUUUAUUCUUGUGCCUCUUUGGAACAGUUUUGUGAAUCGGUUGAACAGCAGUUACCUUACCUGUGUUUUUCCUUAACAUCUGACUCAAAACCUAUUUUCUGGAAAACACUGGCGUCGAAAAACUGUGAAAUGUGACUCAAAACUCUGGGAUCUUCUUUCUCUGAAAUCAGGUGAACUGUUGCCUAAUCUGUGCAUUCAUUUUACUUGUGCUAUUAUGACCUUAAUUAAAGCAAAAGUGCUUUGUGGGAAACGUUUGAAGCUGCUUGUAACAGGAAGUAUCUAAACAGGAUUUUUUUUGUUUUAUUCCAACCAAAUCAAAAGUGUAAAAGUGCCCUUUAGCGCCCCCAUGAGGUCAUUCCUGCUACUUAUCAAUUUCAUUUAACUGACUGUUUCUUCUCUAGUUCAGCUUUUUUAACCGAGUAAUUACAUUUUUUUUAGCUAAACCAACACCUCUUGACUUAACCACUAGGUAACAGACUUAUUUGUCCUUUUAUCAUUAUAGUGCAUUUCAUGUAUGACUCUUGGUUUGUUAUCACAUCUAUGCAGUUUUGCUUCAGACUGUUUUUGUACCAAUGGAAACAAUAAAAAACACUGCUGAGGUUUUGA